AUGCCAGGCUUUGAAAGUCGUACAAAAGCACUUUGUGUCAUCGAUCCAACUAUUUUCACUAUCGACAUAGUACAAAAAUGUCUAAACAGCCUUGAUGAAAGAAAAUCAACCGGCUACAAUGGCUUACAUCCACGGGCCCUCAUUAAAUGUUCAACUACCUUUGCCAAACCUCUUUCACUUAUCUAUAAACGCCCGUUUGCAACUGGUGUAGUUCCUGACUUGUGGAAAAAACUGAACGUAACACCUAUUUUCAAGAAAGGGAGCAGGCUAAAAGCAUCCAACUACCGGCCAGUCUCGCUCACUUCCAUACCUUGCAAAAUUAUAGAAAAUAUUUUUCAACAAAGAAUAAUGGAACACUGCGUUGCUAAUGGACUAAUUUCUCCAAACCAGCAUGGCUUUGUUCAUCGUAAGGGAUGCGUAUCAAAUCAUUUAGAAACUCAGAACAUCUUGACGGAAGCAACUCACUGCAGACACACAGUAGACGUCAUCUACACAGACUUUGCAAAGGCGUUCGACAAUAUACCACAUAAACGCCUCCUUCAUAAGCUGAAAGCGUACGGUAUUCAAGGCGCUCUCAUUGAUUGGAUUGCAGCUUGGAUAAGCAAUCGAUGUCAACGAUUAGUUAUAUACAGCAUUAAUUCUGAAUGGAAAGCAGUCACUAGUGGAGUGUAA